AGAGGAAUUGAGUUAGUUGAGUGGACAACAUAUUAAAUAUUGAUAGAAAAAUUAAUAUUUUUAAAAUCAUAAGCAAUUUUGUAUUAAUUUGGAUUAACAUUAAAAAUUGUUGUACAAUUCUUUUCUUCAAUUCUCAUAUUUCACAACUCUCUACAGAAAAAGUACUUCAACAAAAAAAAAAUUAUUUAUAAGUUAUAUAUAAUUAAUUUUUUAAGGCAUUUAUUGUAAUGUUUUUUCUUUACUUGACGAAUUUAAAUAAAAUUAUCUAUAGAUAAAAUUAAUAUAUUCAUGGAACAUCUUUAAAAAAUCAAUUCUAGGAAUUAAAAUAUGCACAAACGUUAACAUAAUCGAUGAAGAAAAUUUUUUUAAAAAAUAUGAAAUUUGGGAUUAUGUAAAAACAAUGGAACUUGCAGAAUUACAAAAUCAAAAGAACAAUUCACAAUAUGAAUAAAUAUGAUAAUAAUUUAUAUUUAAUUCAGAAUAUUUUACAAUUUAGAGGAGCAAUGAAUUAUGUAUUUUUGGGAUUUAAAAAAUGAUAGAUUUAUCAAAAUAAAAAUCAAUUAUUAACAAGAGAGAAUAUUAUUAUUAACCAUAAAUAUUCUUUAGUCUUUCUUUAUAUAUACAGUAUAUAUUUGUUAACAAUUUAGUCAUUAAAAAUUAAACUUCAUUUAAAUUUUUCAAUUUUCAAUUUUUUUUAAGAUGUGUAAAUUUUUCUAAAAUCAUGUAUAAAAAUUCAUAAGUUGAGAUUUAAUUAACACGUUUUUAUCGCCAUUUAUAAAAAAAUAUUUUAUAUAAUUAUAUUAAUUUUACACGAUGUGAUAAAAAUAUAGAAAAAAUUAGAAAUGUUAAUUAAUUUUGACAAAUAAGUUUUACGAAAAUUAUGAUUACAAUUAUAAGCGAUAAUGAUCUAAUAUAAUCAUAAAAAAUUUAAUAUAAUAAAUAUUUUUCAAAUUUCAGACAUAAACCUAAUAAUAGAAUACAUUAAUUACAUAUAAAUUAAUUUGCAAAGAGAAUCGUCAAAUAUUUAUAUAUAUUUAUAUUCCAUCUCUCAUAGACUAUAUCUAUUUAAACUUAUUUUUAAAUAAAUUAAAUAAAGAUUAUUUUACGUAAUAUUUUUCAAUUCUAUUUUUGAAAAAUUAUUUUUCAUUAGCAUUUGUCUCAGAAGCCAUUAUUUCGAUUAAUAGUUCUCUAAAAUUAUGCAUGAAACAGAAAUACAAAAAAAGAAAAACAGCUAUGUGACAGAACAGAUAAAUCAUGUAUAGUUUUUACUUAAAUUACUUCUUUAAGAAAUAUAAAUUAUAACCUGUCAAAUUCUAAUCCUUUAAAAAAUAUUCGCAACAAAAUAAACAAUAAAUUUGAAAAUUUAAAAUUACAAUUUACUUUGUGAAGUACACGUCAUUACCGACUAUAUAUUGACCGACCAUUAGUCAAAAUUCAACAAAUUCUGUAGUUCAUAUACACUCUGCGUUCUCUUGAAACUGUCGUUUGCAAAAUAUUUGCAUCCAAGAACAAUGACAAGUUGGUUGUUGCUGGUGGUGUGCCUUGGCAUAGCUUGUCAAGGUAUCACAGGCGCCACUGUUCGAGAAAAUUCUUCGAGAAAUUUGGCAAAUUCGAUGAACGUGAUUCACGAAUGGAAGUAUCUUGAUUAUGACUUCGGUAGCGACGAAAAAAGACAAGCUGCGAUUCAAUCUGGCGAAUAUGACCAUACGAAAAAUUAUCCCUUCGAUGUCGAUCGAUGGCAUGAUAUGACUUUUGUCACCGUACUAAGAUACAAAGGUGUACCUUCCUCUUUAAACGUGAUAUCUAAGAAAAUUGGCAACGGUGGACCUCUUCUGCAGCCAUAUCCUGAUUGGUCGUGGGCGAACUAUAAAGGUUGCUCUGGAAUCGUGAGCGCUUACAAAAUUGCGAUCGACAAGUUCGACAGAUUGUGGGUUCUGGACUCAGGUAUUAUCAAUAAUACUCAACCCAUGUGUUCACCAAAAUUGCAUGUCUUUGAUCUCAAUACCUCACAGCAGAUUAAGCAAGUUAUAAUGCCGCAUGAUAUUGCCAUAAAUGCCACUACAGGAAAAGGAGGACUAGAAAAUCUAGUUGUUCAAGCUAUGGAUCCUAUGAAUACUCUGGUGUAUAUGGCAGAUAACAAGGGUGAUGCUUUAAUUGUUUAUCAAAAUUCCGAUGAUUCCUUCCAUCGAUUGACUUCCAACACUUUCGAUUACGAUCCCAAAUAUAUCAAAAUGAUGGCCGCAGGAGAAAGUUUCACAUUGCAAGAUGGAAUUUUUGGAAUGGCACUCAGUCCCAUGACAAACAAUCUUUAUUACAGUCCUCUCGCUUCUCGCAGUUUGUAUUAUGUUAAUACGAAACCCUUCAUGAAAUCACAAUAUGGAACAAAUAACGUACAACAUGAAGGUGUCCAAGAUAUUUUCAAUACUCAAUCAAUUGCUAAAAUAAUGUCGAAAAAUGGCGUUCUCUUUUUCGGUCUCAUGAAUAAUUCAGCUAUUGGUUGUUGGAAUGAGCACCAACCACUUCAGAGACAAAAUAUGGAUAUGGUCGCUCAGAAUGAAGAGACACUUCAAACGGUCGUUGCUAUGAAAAUGAUGCAUCUCCCACAAUCCAACAGGAUGAAUAGGAUGCAUAAGAUGAAUAGUAUGAAUAGAAUGGAUAGGAUGGAUAGGAUGGAUAGGAUGGAUAGGAUGGAUAGGAUGGAUAGGAUGGAUAAGAUGGAUAGGAUGGAUAGGAUGGAUAGGAUGGAUAGGAUGGAUAGGAUGGAUAGAAUGGAUAGGAUGGAUAGGAUGGAUAUAAUGGAUAGGACGAAUAAAAUGGAUAGGAUGGAUAGGAUGGAUAUAAUGGAUAAGACGAAUAAAAUGGAUAGGAUGGAUAGUGUGAUUAGAAUAGAUAAAAUGGAUAGAAUGGAUAGAAUGGAUAGAAUAGAUAUAAUGAAUAGAAUGGAUAGAAUGGAUAGAAUGGACACAAGAAUAGAUACAAGAAUGGACAGAAUGGAUAGAAUGGAUAAAAUGGAUAAGAUAAAUAAGAUGCAUAGGAUGGGUAGGAUGGAUAGGAUGGAUAGAAUGAAUAGAAUGAAUAGACAAAUGAAUGAAUAUAUGAUGGCUUUAAGUAUGAAAUUACAGAAAUUUAUAAACAAUGAUUAUAAUUUCAACGAAGUAAAUUUCCGAAUUUUGGCUGCAAAUGUAAACGAUUUAAUAAUGAACACUCGUUGUGCAAAUUCUAACAAUCAGAAUGGUAAUCAAAAUAAGCAUAAUAAUUAAGGUAGUCGUUCUUUAUAUUAAAAUCUGUUAAUUAGUCUUUUCUCGACUAUAAACCAAAUAUUGUUUCAAAUUUCUUUAUAUUAUAAAUGAAUAAAAUAAAUAUCGUUUUUGCAUGAUA